UUGCAGUGGUACUAUCUAGACGAAAAGCAGAAAGAAUACUUCACAGGAUGGAUUAUUUGGUGUGAAAUUGGCUCCCAGUAUAUUCCGCUAUCCUUCUUGCUUGGCUUCUUCGUUGCAGUGGUGGUGGCCCGUUGGUGGGAGCAAUUCAACUACAUUAGCUGGCCAGAUAAACUGAUGAUGAUGGUUACAGCGUGCUUGCCUGGAGAAGAAAAUUUGCCGAUCCGACAGGCUAUCGCUCGAUGGUCUAGCUUACAGGCAGCGGUAGCAUGGUCCAGUAUAUCUGUUCGUACACUGAAGCGGUUUCCAACAGAACGACAUUUUGUGGAAGCCGAUCUAAUGACCGAAGAAGAGUACCAGAUUUUUUCUAAUAUUGAGGCACCGCAUGGAAAGUGGUUUGUACCAGUGAUCUGGAUAACAAAUCUACUGGGCGCACUGUACCGUCAAAAACGAAUUGAUUCCAUGCAGCUUCACAUGCUUAUGCAACAAGUGUAUACGUUUAGGGAUGGCUUUGCAAUGCUAUUCGUUUAUGACUGGGUGAAAAUUCCUCUCGUUUAUACUCAGGUGAAAGUUGUGGCGAUCGCAACUUAUGGUUAUUUUGUUAUUUGCUUGAUUGGACGGCAGCCAAAAAUCGACGAGCGCUCGAUGGAAAAAGAAAUCGCCAUAUUAUUCCCAAUUUUUACAACAUUUCAAAUGCUUUUUUACAUUGGCUGGUUGAAAGUGGGCCAGUACUUAAUGAAUCCGUUCGGCGAAGAUGACGAUGACUUUGGUUUGUUUCCGUUUUGCGUACCUCUGAAUUCACUCUCAUUUGGCAGCCUUUCAGACCGUACUCUCUGA